CCCGGUCCUCGGCCGCUGAUACCCGCUCACCGCGCUGCCUUGUGCCCACAGCCGCAGAACGAGUACAUCGAGUUGCACCGCAAGCGCUAUGGGUACCGCCUGGACUACCACGAGAGGAGGAGGAAGAAGGAGGGCCGCGAGGCUCACGAGCGGUCCCGGAAGGCCAAGAAGAUGAUCGGGCUGAAGGCCAAGCUCUACCACAAGCAGCGGCAUGCUGAGAAGAUACAGAUGAAAAAGACCAUUAAAAUGCAUGAAAAGAGAAAUACAAAGAAAAAGAAUGACGAAAAAACGCCUAAAGGAGCUGUACCAGCAUACCUGCUGGACAGAGAGGGCCAGUCCCGGGCUAAAGUUCUCUCCAACAUGAUCAAGCAGAAAAGAAAAGAAAAAGCUGGGAAAUGGGAGGUCCCUGUACCAAAGGUCCGUGCACAAGGAGAAACAGAAGUUUUAAAAGUGAUUCGUACAGGAAAGAGAAAGAAGAAGGCCUGGAAAAGAAUGGUUACAAAAGUUUGUUUUGUUGGAGAUGGCUUUACUCGGAAGCCUCCAAAAUACGAGCGAUUCAUUCGACCAAUGGGCUUACGUUUCAAGAAGGCACAUGUGACACAUCCUGAACUUAAAGCUACUUUUUGUCUACCUAUCCUUGGUGUGAAAAAGAAUCCUUCUUCUCCUUUAUAUACAACACUGGGUGUAAUUACCAAGGGUACUGUCAUUGAGGUGAACGUGAGCGAGCUUGGCCUCGUGACUCAAGGAGGCAAAGUUAUCUGGGGAAAAUAUGCACAAGUAACAAACAAUCCAGAAAAUGAUGGCUGUAUUAAUGCCAUUCUACUUGUUUAAGUUGUCUUUAAUACUAAGCAUUGGACAUGGGCUUCUGCAAAAUCAGUGCAGUUUCAACAAGAUCUCUGGAAUCUUCAACCAUUCAAGAACACUGACCCCACAAGCCUGUGAGGUACUUAAACAUGCCAGAAACAAAUGCUUGGAUUUUUAUAUUUAUUAUGUUGGCUCAGCUGAACACUGUCCAAACAAAAGUGAUUAAAUUUU